AUGGCCUCUUGCACCAGAAUCACACACCCUGUGCCACAGCACUACUCUUUCGGGCGUUGGCUUACGAGCAUUCUUUUGUUCACGGCGGCAACAACGCCGACGACGAAGGGGUGCGUAGAGGGCGAGAGGGACGCCCUCCUCGACUUCAAAACCGGCAUCGUCAAGGAUCCUUCCAGCCGUUUGUCAUCAUGGCGAGGCCGAGUAGACUGCUGCAGAUGGAGCGGGGUGGUCUGUGACAACAGAACCGGCCAUGUCGUGGAGCUCAACCUCCAUAAUUCACACCCUUAUUACAGUGAGACGUCUAUCGGAGGUGAGAUCAGACCAUCCUUGCUCCUGCUAACUCAUUUGGAGCGUCUCAACCUCAGCCACAAUGACUUCGGUGGGAUCCAAAUCCCGAAAUUUUUGGGUUCCCUUACCGAGUUGACGUAUCUCGACCUCUCCUGGUCCAACUUCAGCGGAGCCAUUCCGCCCCAGCUGGGCAACCUGUCCACCCUCCGCUCUCUCAACCUAAAUUCACUAUAUGACUUAACGAUCGAUGGCCUGCACUGGCUCUCGCGUCUCACUUCCUUGAGAUACCUCGACAUGAGCGGUGUGAAACUUUCCAUGGCCUCCCACAAUUGGCUUCAAGCGGUGAACAUGUUGUCCUCACUGGAGGAGCUACAUUUACAUGACUGUGGCCUCACCGACCUCCCCUCUUCUCUUUCCCAUGUCAACCUCACAGCACUGGCCACUCUGGACAUCAGUGACAACCUCUUCAACUCCACCAUCCCCAACUGGCUAUGGAAACUCCACAACCUCUCCUAUCUUGAUCUCAGUUCUUCUAUGUUUCAUGGUGCCAUGCCCGCUGGGAUUGGAAAUUUGGCCGAUCUAAGAGAACUUCAUCUGAGUGAUAAUUCACUUUCAGGUCCCAUACCCACUGAGAUUGGAAUUUGUAAUAGUCUAAAACUUAUCUAUCUAAGUUAUAAUUCACUCUUUGGACCCAUACCUGCUGAGAUUGGGAAUUUGACUAGUCUAAGAGAGCUUUAUCUUGAUCAUAAUUCACUCUUCGGAGUCAUACCUGCUGGGAUUGGGAAUUUGACUAGUCUAGGAGUGCUUUAUCUUGAUCAUAAUUCACUCUUUGGACCCAUACCUGCUGAGAUUGGGAAUAUGGCUGGUCUAAGAGAGCUUUAUCUUGAUCAUAAUUCACUCUUCGGAGUCAUACCUGCUGGGAUUGGGAAGUUGACUAGUCUAGGAGUGCUUUGUCUUAAUGAUAAUUCACUCUUUGGACCCAUACCUGUUGGGAUUGGGAAUUUGACCGGUCUAGGAGAGCUUUAUCUUAACGAUAAUUCACUUUCAGAUCUUUCAAACAAUUAUUUGACCGGAGAAAUCCCCAUAGAAAUUGGGUCUCUUUCAAUGCUCCAAACUUUAAAUCUAUCAAGAAACAAUUUUGUCGGCCAAAUUCCAGCGGCAAUUGGUGCCAUGAAAUCAUUGGAAACUCUGGAUCUGUCAUUCAAUAAGUUAUCCGGAGUCAUUCCUCAAAGCUUUUCGGCGCUGAAUUCUCUGAACCACUUGAAUCUGUCUUACAACAAUCUAUCGGGAGCGAUUCCAUCUGGGAAUCAACUUCGGACGCUGGAGGAUGCAUCCAUUUAUAUCGGAAAUGUCCAUCUCUGUGGACCUCCGGUGACCAAGAGUUGCUUCGACGAUCCCAACGUCGAUUCGACAGAAGAGGAGUACGAACAAGGAUCUCAUGUGCUGUCAUUUUACUUUGGUACCGGGCUCGGAUAUUUGGUCGGCUUAUGGAGUGUGUUCGUGAUCAUGCUGUUCAAGAAAGAUUGGAGGCUCUUCUAUUUUGCAACGGUGGACAAGAUGUACGACAUAGCGUAUGUGGCAAUCAAGAUAAGAAUGCGAAAUUGGCAUGACGCAGCUGGUCGAAUGUGA